AUGUUUGUUGCAGUAAAAGACACAAGUACUAAUGGUACGAUCGACAACUUGACAACGUUAGUGCAAAUGUUUGGACUGCCCAACCGUUUGGUCACUGACAAAGGGACAUGCUUUACGGCCAGAAAGUUUGAAGAGUUCUGCGAAGAGAAAGGGGUACACCAUACGUUAACCUCAACGCGAAGACCACAAGCAAACGGGCAAGUAGAACGUACAAAUAGUAUUGUGCUGUCAAUGUUGGUUGCACAGGUUACGAAAGAAGAUGAAUGGGACCAGUGGCUGCCAGUAGUACAGAUGCAGAUCAAUAACAGUGAGAGCAAGGUAACUCAGAGGACAACAUUCGAACUGUUACAUGGGUACCGACCUCGGUUUAGACUGGGGAAGACAAGAGAACUAUCAGAAACAGUAGACACUUGGACGUGUCCAAAUGAACUGUGGGAGGAGGCCAGGGAAGCUUCUGAGAGGUCAAAAGCAAAGAUGAAAGAAGACUAUGAUUUGCACCGACACAACAACACUAAGUAUACGGUUGGAGAAAUUGUUGUGAUGACGACAGUGCCUACUCAUACGGGGCAAUCAACCAAAUUGCAAAAUAAAUACAGAGGCCCAUUGACAAUCACAGAAGUAUUGCCAGGAGAUGUCUAUCGGGUUGCUCAACUACAAGAAGAUGAGAAAAGACGUUUUACAACAACAGCACAUGUAUCUCAGCUCAAAUCUUGGAGGUUGGAGGAUGAACCAGACGAAGCGAGUGAUACCAGCGAGGAAGAAGGACGAGGGCCAAAUGGUGAGACCAGUUGUGAAGAUGAUGCUGAUCCACCACCAGAACACCAGAAGAAUGGCAAAGAGGUUAGGAGAUCGGUCAGGGUCAGGAAGAAGCCUACAAGGCUAGACGAUUAUGUCUAA